AUGCCUCUAUUGAGAGAUCUUCGGAAGAAAGAUGACAUAAAUGCUGUUUAUGAGCUGAAAGAAAAACUUGGAGAGGGCUCGUUCUCUGAGGUUCGAGUGGCUCAGCACAGAUGCACUCAGAAGCUUGUGGCUGUCAAGUGCAUCCGCAAGAGAGCGCUAAAGGGAAAAGAACCCAUGCUGGAGAAUGAGACUGCAGUAUUACGCAGAAUAAAUCAUGAAAAUAUUGUGUCUUUGGAGGAAACCUUUGAGACUCCUUCUAAACUGUAUUUGGUAAUGACACUGCUGACAGGAGGGGAACUGCUGGACAGGAUUCUGGAGAGAGGCAGUUACACAGAAAAAGAUGCCAGUCGUGUGAUAUAUCAGGUGCUGCAGGCGGUGAAGUAUCUGCACCAGCUGGGCGUUGUGCAUCGAGAUCUAAAGCCAGAGAACUUACUGUAUGAGACUCCAUUAGAAGACUCCAAAAUUGUCAUCAGUGACUUCGGUCUGUCUAAAAUGGAAGAGCAGGGAGCUCUUUCCACGGCCUGUGGGACACCUGCCUAUGUCGCUCCUGAACUUCUACAGCAGAAAACAUAUGGUAAAGAGGUGGAUCUCUGGGCCAUCGGGGUCAUUACAUUUAUUCUACUCUGUGGCUAUCCUCCGUUCUAUGAUGACAACGACACACAACUCUACAAGCUGAUCAUAAAGGCUGAAUAUGAAUUUGAUUCGCCAUACUGGGACGACAUCUCUGACUCCGCGAAAGACUUAAUAGUUCACUUACUGCAGAAGGAUCCAGCGAAGAGGUUCAAUUGUGACCAGGCCUUGCAGCAUCCUUGGAUAUCAGGAGGUGCGGCUCUAGACAAGAACAUCCACGGCUCAGUGUCAGCACAGAUUCAGAAAAACUUUGCCAAGAGUCACUGGAAGAGAGCCUUUAAUGCCACCAUCAUCGUGCGUCAUUUAACAAAGAAAACCCACUCCGGGGAAGACGAUGAAGGGAAUCACUCCACAAGUAUAGGGACCAUCUGACAAUCUACUGGCAGUAAACCGAGGCUCUGUUAAAGGAAUAGUUCACCAAACAUGAAAACUGUGUCAUUUACUCAAACUCAUGUUACU